CGGCAGCGGCGGUGCAGCGCAGGCCGCGUCCGGUGCGGCCGGCCGGGCGCGUGAGGAACGCGGGCGGGAAGGGCGGCCAUGCGUGCGCUCGCUGCGGGCCGCUGAGGGGCGGGCUGUCGCCCUCGGGUGCUGUGCCCGCAGCGGGAUGGAGCCAGCAGCCGAGCCCCGGCCCGGCCUGGCCCCCGAGCUGAGCCCGGAGGAGGAGCAGGGUCUUGCUAUGUAGCCCAGGCUGGCUUCGAACUCAUGGAGAUCUUCCUGCCUCAGCUUCCUGAGUGCUAAGAUUGCGGUCAUAUCCCAUCAUGCCUGGCUACACUGCAGAUUUUGAAAUUUUACCCCGACAUACUAAAUCAGAAACUCUGGAGACCCUUGUUAAGUUACUUGAACUUGGAAACCUCCUAAACAAAGUGGAUUUGAUUUUGGAAUCCUCCUGCCUCAGUCUUCUAGAUUCCUGGGAUUACAGGCCACCAAGCAGUUUCUUGAAGAAAUUAACAAGUGGACCAUCCAGCACAAUGUUUCCCCACUCUCCUGGAACGUGGCUGUCAAGUUCCUCAUGGCCAGGAAGUUCAAUGUGCUCAGGGCCAUCGAGCUGUUCCACUCCUACAGAGAGACACGAAGGAAGGAAGGCAUCGUAAAGCUGAAACCUCAUGAGGAACCUCUCCGUUCUGAGAUCCUCAGUGGGAAGUUCACCAUCCUAAAUGUUCGGGACCCCACAGGAGCCUCCAUCGCCCUCUUCACUGCCAGGUUGCACCAUCCCCACAAGUCAGUCCAACACGUGGUCCUCCAGGCACUGUUUUACUUGCUGGACAGAGCUGUUGAUAGCUUUGAGACGCAGAGGAAUGGCCUGGUGUUUAUCUAUGACAUGUGCGGUUCUAAUUACACCAACUUUGAGCUGGAUCUUGGCAAAAAAGUCCUCAGCCUGCUGAAGGGAGCGUUUCCAGCCCGCUUGAAAAAGGUACUGAUCGUGGGUGCACCCUUCUGGUUCCGAGUUCCCUACUCCAUCAUCAGCGUCCUGAAGGACAAAGUGCGGGAGAGGAUUCAGAUAUUAAAGUCAUCUGAGGUUACCCAGCACUUGCCCAGGGAGUGCCUUCCAGAAAACCUGGGUGGGUACGUCAGAAUCAACCUUGCCACGUGGAAUUUCCAAUUCCUGCCCCAGGUGAAUGGCCACCCAGAUCCCUUUGAUGAGAUCCUGUGCGCCUUAGACUGGGACUCAGUGCAUGUCCCAGGUCCCCAUGCCAUGACCAUCCACGAGCUAGUGGACUAUGUUAACAGCAGGCAGAAGCAAGGGAUCUAUGAAGAGUACGAGGACAUUUGUCGGCAGAACCCGGUUGGCACUUUCCACUGUUCCAUGUCUCCAGAAAACCUAGAGAAGAACCGUUAUCGAGAUGUCCCCUGCUUGGAUCAAACUCGAGUGAAGCUGACAAAACGAAGUGGCCACACUCAGACAGAUUACAUCAACGCCAGCUUCAUGGAUGGCUACAAGCAGAAGAAUGCUUACAUUGGCACCCAGGGCCCUUUGGAAAACACCUAUCAUGAUUUCUGGCUCAUGGUGUGGGAGCAGAAGGUCUUGGUGAUUGUCAUGACCACCCGCUUUGAAGAAGGUGGCAAGAGGAAGUGUGGCCAGUAUUGGCCCCUAGUAAAGGACACUCAGAUCCGAUUUGGCUUCCUCACGGUGACCAAUCUGCAUGUGGAAAACAGGGACCACUAUAAGAAAACAACACUUGAAAUUCACAACACAGAGGAGAGGGAGAAACGUCAGGUGACCCACUUUCAAUUUCUAAGCUGGCCAGACUAUGGUGUACCUUCCUCAGCGGCAUCGCUCAUUGACUUCCUGAGGGCUGUCAGGAGCCAGCAGAGCCUGGCUAUCAGCAGCAUGGGCACCCGCUCCAAGGGGCAGCCACCCAUUGUGGUCCACUGCAGUGCAGGCAUCGGCAGGACAGGUACCUUCUGCUCACUGGACAUCUGCCUGGCUCAGCUGGAGGAGCUUGGCACCCUCAAUGUGUUCCAGACAGUGUCUCGCAUGCGGACCCAGAGGGCCUACUGCAUCCAGACCCCCGAGCAGUACUAUUUCUGUUACAAGGCAAUACUAGAAUGGGCAAAAAAGGAGGGCAUGGUAUCCUCUGGCCAUAACCCGCUGGCCAUGGAGAAUCAGUAACUGCCCCACAGGGUCCUGUCUGCUGGCCAGCCUCCCUUAGACCACCCUGGACGCCGCUGAGCCUCUAGGUUGUCAUCAGUUCUGCUGAAGCCAUGAUCAGCCUCUUCUGGGGCUCCCAGCACCUGCUGCACACAAGGCAGCCUCUUCCUUCUGCCAGAUUGAUGUGUGGAGUUGCCACGAGAAAGGGCCAGCAGUGAUGGGUUCUUGACUCCUAGCACCUGCUAUUGAACUGUGCCUUAUUAAAACCAAAUUGUGGCUAUUGAUAUAUGUCAGGGUCCCAAGGCAAGGGGCAGGGGCCUCCUCCCCCUCCCAAUGCCAUUCUUCUCCUGGAUGGAGGUCUUUUGUCUCCCCACCUUCCCUUGCUAGGAUUUGGUGGGAAGGUUUGUGAGCAUUUACCUUCCUGCCCAGAGAGCUUGACCAAGUUACAUAUUCUAGAGAUUGCCUGAGUGCCAAGCACGUUUAUACAUAGGGUGUGUAGUCUGGUCUCCUCUGUCCUUCCAUGUGUGUGCGUGUGCAUAUGUGCACACCCACGUCUGGGUCCAUAUGUAUGUGUGUAUAUAAUAUAUAUUAUGUGAUAAUAUGGUCGUAUUCUAUAAAUACAUAUACACACACAUUUCUCUGUAGAUGUUCCUAAGGCUCCGUGUUACAGUUCAGGGCUCCUCGCUUCCUGGGCCCUGCUCUUACCUGGACUGGCUUGGGUGGGACACACACCUCUGUCCUCCCUGCUCCCACUGAGGCCCUCAUCUCAGAUGAUGAUUUUGCCCCUCUGGAUUUUGUCCAUUGAGUUGAGAAGGCUGGUUUGUGGCGACACUGGUGUACUUCAUCCUGGAUGGCCCUUAUCUAACAGCUUUUCCUCUGUUUACUCUGCUGAUUUGGGGAACAGACCUGCACUGUGAAGCCAGGCUGUCCUUUUCCUCUCUCACCCCAGGGAUGGAGGACAGGGUAGAGAUGAACCACAGCAGGUAGAGUCAAAAGCAAUCGGUACGAAGUCUGAAUAGGAAGGGAGAGGAGAGGAGCAAGAGGUGAGGGAGAAAGCCUCGCAGGGAAUAAACAGGUCCGUUUUUCCUCUGCUAGAGGUUCCUUUCCUAUGCCCUGUCUGAGAUGCCCAUCUCUUCCUGUAUGCCAUCUUCCAGGCCCUAGAGCUCUCACAGGAUGGCUGGUGUCCCCUUAAACACCGUCCUCUGUCACCCACCUGUCCCUGCCUGCUUCUAGCCACCCGACUUGCUGUGCAGGGAUGGAAUUGACAGUCCUCAGCAUUCUGUACUCCCAAGAGUUCCUGAGAUUCCCAAAACCUUCCACCCAAUAGAAGAUGAGGUUGGCAGCUGAUCAGACCUCAGUAAUUUUAUACUGUAAUAAGCUCUCUGAAUGUGUAUAUUCUUAUUUUUUACAAUCAUUUCAUUUUGUAUUUAACAUCAAUGAAUGAGUCAGAUUCAGUAAUAAUUGUAAUGUUCAUAUUCAAUAUCUUACAGUGAUACAGUUUUGUAUUUACAUAUAAAUAUACCAACAUGAUCAAA